AUGGGCGAGGAGUACGCGCGCUCCCCGUGCGAGCGCUUCCCCGCGGUGGGCGCGUUCAGCGUGGCGCCGCCGGAGCGCCUCAGCCCGCCGCCGCCCGCGCCGCUGCCGGACCGCUUCUCGGCGUCGCCGCGGCGGGUGCGCCGGAGUGCGGAGGCCGAGAGAGCCCGGAGGCCGCGCUAUGUGCCGCCGGCGGCGCACGUGCCGGUGGAGAGGUAUGUGCCUCGGCCGCCGGCGCCGGUGCGGCCUCCGCCCCCGGUGUACUGCGGGCUGGCGUGCCGGCCGCCUCCGCCCUCGACGCGCAAGUGCUGCGGGCCGGCGUGUCGGGAAGACAUCGCGGGCUCUCCACCGCCGUCUCGUUACGUGGAGUACGUCGGUGCGGCGGCCGCUCGUCGCCUGGCCUGCACGCCGCCUCCUCCUCCUCCUCCGGCGCUGCAGCUGCCUUGCGAACCUCAGGAGCCGCCGUGUUGUGUGCAGGCUCGAAGACGGCCACAGCCUCCACAUGAUUGGUAA